UCGGACGGCGGCGCUUGGUGCAGCCCGGGAGAACCAGGUCAUCGGUCUGUUCCCGUGAAAACAAAAACAAUCGGCGGCGCCGCUUCGGCCACCCGAACGCCCGGAGCAGGGUCCUGGGACGCGAGUCGGGGGAGGGGCGAGCAGGAGCGGCGGCGACGCUCGGGGGGCGAGGCGGGGGGGAGAUUUGCCGGAGCGUCAUGGGGCCGGCGGGAGCAGGCUGCGCUGGGCUCCCCUGGCGCCGCGGCUAGCGCUCUUGUCGCUUCGGCUACUUCAGCCCCCCGCGCCGCACGCCUGGGGGACGAGGAGGAGGACGCGGCCUCGGCCGGGCCCGGGCCGAACGGCUGCGGAGACCCGGGCGCCGGGGAGCCGAGCGCCGCCGUCGCCGCCGCCUCCGGGAUGGAUCAAUGCGUGACGGUGGAGCGCGAGCUGGAGAAGGUGCUGCACAAGUUCGCGGGCUACGGGCAACUGUGCGAGCGCGGCCUGGAGGAGCUGAUCGACUACACGGGCGGCCUGAAGCACGAGAUCCUGCAGAGCCACGGCCAAGAUGCAGAAUUAUCAGGGACACUUUCACUUGUUUUGACACAGUGCUGUAAAAGAAUAAAGGAUACUGUUCAGAAAUUGGCUUCGGAUCACAAAGACAUUCACAGCAGUGUUUCUCGGGUUGGAAAAGCUAUUGACAAGAAUUUUGAUUCUGACAUUAGCAGUGUAGGAAUUGAUGGCUGCUGGCAGGCAGAUAGCCAAAGGCUUCUCAAUGAGGUGAUGGUGGAACACUUCUUUCGACAAGGAAUGCUGGACGUAGCUGAGGAGCUCUGCCAGGAAUCUGGUCUUUCUGUAGACCCAAGUCAAAAAGAACCAUUUGUGGAGCUAAAUAGAAUAUUAGAAGCAUUAAAAGUCAGAGUUCUGAGACCUGCUCUCGAAUGGGCAGUGUCAAAUCGCGAAAUGCUCAUUGCCCAGAACAGUUCCUUGGAAUUUAAGCUACACAGACUGUAUUUUAUUAGCCUGUUAAUGGGUGGAACUACAAAUCAACGAGAGGCAUUACAAUAUGCUAAAAAUUUUCAGCCAUUUGCCCUAAAUCAUCAAAAAGACAUUCAGGUUUUGAUGGGGAGUCUUGUGUACCUGAAGCAAGGAAUUGAGAACUCACCCUACGUUCACCUGCUUGAUGCAAACCAGUGGGCUGACAUCUGUGACAUCUUCACACGCGAUGCCUGUGCCCUCCUGGGGCUCUCUGUGGAGUCCCCUCUCAGUGUCAGUUUCUCAGCAGGUUGUGUAGCGCUGCCAGCUUUGAUUAAUAUCAAAGCCGUCAUCGAACAGAGGCAGUGCACUGGAGUUUGGAACCAGAAAGAUGAAUUACCUAUUGAAGUGGACCUUGGUAAAAAGUGCUGGUAUCACUCAAUAUUUGCUUGUCCCAUUCUUCGUCAACAAACAACAGAUAACAACCCACCCAUGAAAUUGGUCUGUGGUCAUAUUAUUUCGAGAGAUGCCCUGAAUAAAAUGUUUAAUGGUAGCAAAUUAAAGUGUCCAUAUUGUCCAAUGGAACAAAGUCCAGGAGAUGCCAAACAGAUAUUUUUCUGAAGAAAUAACUUUAGUUUGCAAUUUGUAAGUGAAACUGAAUUAUGGGCGCAUUUCAGAAGAGAAUGUUCCAUUUAAUGCAGCUAACCAAGGACUCCCGUGUUUAUAUAAGCUAAUGCUCCAGAAACUUUGCCAACACUUUAGUCAACACACACUGAGGGGGUGCUCCAGAUGAAUCUUAUCAUAGGGCUUUAUUAUAUUCUUGGUCUUCAUUUCUGAUCAAGUAAAUACACCAGCACUUGUCAUUCAAUGCAGGUUUUUAUACUUAAUUACAUGGUAAUUUUUUUACUUUUUAAGAGCAGAAACAGAAAUUGACCCUCCCCACCAUGUGUUCAAUAUUUCUCCUGCUUUCACUUUUCGUCAUGUUCUUGAUCAUUGUAAGCUUUGAGAACAUUUGUGAAAGUUUUAUUUCUGUGAUGUGUACAUAAUUAAAUGAAAAUUCUUCAGAUAAAAAGGAAUUGUGGUUCUAAAACUAAUUUGCAUUUUUCUUUACUUAAGGAAGAAAGCUGUGAUAGAUUCCAAAUUUGCUUUUUGGUGUUUUCCUCUGCUCCAGCUCUCACUGAGACACCGGCACCGCCUGCAUUUGCGCUCUCUCUGUAGCCCCUGUUUACCAUUUCAUCAUGAAUUUGGCAGGCUGAGGUGACAAGUCUUCCGCUGUAACAGAGUGGAAUGAGUACCAUUGUUUCUUUGCUUUUAUUGCCAAGAGGUGUUUGUUUUU